GAGCAACCGACACGUUUUACGUUUCAUUUAUUUAUUUAUUAAUAUUUCUUUUUAAGCUUAUUUUACGUUACAUCCUGAGAAGCUUAUUUUACGCACACUGACGAACCUGCGUUUCUAACACGAUGGAAAGAGACAAGAAAGUGACCUUCCACCUGUUGUUAGCUGUGGGAACUGCAGUAAUUGGUUCUCUUCAGUUUGGUUAUAACAUAGGCGUCAUCAACGCACCCCAGAAGAUCAUUGAGAACUUCUACAAUGAGACCUGGUUUGACCGCUAUGAUCAGUCUAUCCCUCAAACAUCCCUCACAACGCUUUGGUCUCUCACAGUGGCCAUCUUCUCUGUGGGGGGCAUGUUUGGCUCCUUCUCUAUUGGACUCUUCGUCAAUCGUUUUGGAAGAAAAAACUCGAUGCUUCUGGUUAACGUGCUAGCCUUCAUCUCCGCGGCACUGAUGGGCUUCUCCAAGUUGGCAGCCUCAUGGGAGAUGUUGAUCAUUGGCCGUUUUGUGGUGGGGCUCUACUCUGGACUUUCUUCUGGCUUUGUGCCCAUGUAUGUAGGCGAGGUGUCACCCACAGCACUUAGAGGAGCCAUGGGCACUCUGCAUCAGCUGGCCAUUGUCAUAGGCAUCCUCAUAGCACAGGUGUUUGGACUGGACGUGAUUAUGGGUAACUCCACGAUGUGGCCUUUCCUGCUGGCUUUUUACUUCAUCCCCGCCCUGCUGCAGUGUUUCUUGUUACCCAUCUGCCCUGAGAGCCCCCGCUAUCUCCUUAUCAAUUGCAACGAGGAGAGUAAAGCCAAAUCAGUGCUAAAGAAGCUGCGAGGCACCACAGACGUGAGUGCAGACAUGCAGGAGAUGAAGGAAGAGAGCAGGCAGAUGAUGAGGGAAAAGAAAGUAACCAUUCUAGAGCUGUUCCGCUCGCCAAUCUACCGCCAGCCUUUGGUCAUUGCCGUCAUACUGCAGCUGUCCCAGCAGCUCUCUGGCAUCAAUGCUGUAUUUUAUUACUCUACAAGGAUCUUCGAGAAGGCUGGUGUGGAGCAGCCGGUCUAUGCCACCAUUGGAGCUGGAGUUGUCAACACAGCGUUUACAGUGGUGUCGUUGUUUUUAGUGGAGAGAGCUGGACGCAGGUCACUGCACUUAAUUGGGCUGCUGGGAAUGGCUGUAUCUGCUGUCCUGAUGACCAUAGCCCUAGCACUGCUGGAGCAGCUCCAGUGGAUGUCAUACAUGAGCAUUGUUGCCAUUUUUGCCUUUGUGGCAUUCUUCGAAAUUGGGCCCGGUCCCAUCCCAUGGUUCAUUGUGGCUGAACUGUUCGGUCAAGGCCCUCGGCCUGCUGCUAUCGCUGUGGCCGGCUUCUCUAACUGGACUGCUAACUUCAUAGUGGGAAUGUGCUUCCAGUAUGUAGAGGAACUCUGCGGCCCUUACGUCUUCGUCAUCUUCACCGUGCUGUUACUGGUCUUCUUCAUCUUCACGUACUUCCGGGUUCCAGAAACGAAGGGCCGGACGUUUGACGAGAUCUCCGCAGGUUUCUCCCAUCAAGCAGCAGGAGGGGCAGAGAAGCACAACCCUGAAGAGCUCAACAGUCUGGGAGCAGACUCUCAGCUCUGAACCUCACCUCCUUCAUUCCCUGGCACUCCAUGACACUACUGAGAAAGGAGCAAGCUGGCUAGCAAACACGAUUCUUCCUCUCCUGACUGUUCCAGACUGUUGAGUGUUCAGUCCUCCGCUUCACCUUUUCACUCGAAGGUGGGAGCGAUGGUUUUUAAAAAUUUCCAGUCCUGUUUUAUAUACAUGAGAGAAACUUUUACUUUUUUAACUUUCACUUUUACUGUUACUGUGUUUAUAUUACAAAUUUAUUUAUUUUUUAUACUCGUCAUUCCUAGUGUGCACCAGCAUAUUUUACUCAAUGCCUUUUAGUAUGAAAUAUUUUAGGUAAAUCAUUCAAUUCCAUGUAACGGUAUUUUUUACAUUCUUACCCAAAGCAAUGUGAUAUUUGCUUAUAUUAAUCCAUGAAUGGGCAUCUUCACUCCAGAACAGCUACAACAUUGUAUAUCUAAACUAAUGUUAAUGGUAGUGUAGUAUAUGGAACACUGGACUCUGUAGUGCUGUGAGGAUUUCUUGUAGCACUUUUUACUAUAGACAUUGUCUCAAAGCAACUUUACAGAAUUCAGGACCAACAGACCAGAAACCUCUGUUGGCUCCAGCAAGCCAAGGGAGACACUGAUAUGUCCUUAAAAUGUGUCUCAAUUUUGAAACAGUUAGUGAGGGUGACGUAAUGGGUUUAGACUAAAUCAUUCCCCAUUAUCUCUGUAGCAAGGCUUCGGUCACCCCCUCCCUGAGCCAAUCUUGUCGGUGUAGAUGCCUAACAGGGAUAGAUAUACUGAUUUUUAAAUAUGCUGCUAUUUGAGUGCAGCAGCUACUACAGGUGCCUCACAGCUCCAGGGUCCAGGGGUUUGGUCUGUGUUUUAAGUUUUGCAUGCUGUCCCAGGUGAUUUGCCUCGUCAUCGAAUAAGCGGUCAUGAGUGAUUAAAUGUUUUGUUUUCAUAAUGUCACUUGCAUUCAUAAAAAUAUUUAACAUUUUUAAAAGAUGUUUGAAUUGCUGUUUCCAGAAACAAGUUGCACUGAAUCGAAGGAAAUCAUGUAUGUAAGCAUGACGUUUCACAAUAUAUCAGCAAUACUGUAUAGCAUUACUGAAGAAAGCAUACUGUAUAGUUUAAUACCAAUUAACUCUAUUCAAUUUCUGUAGCUUCAUUACCAAAAUCCAGCACUGAAUCAUUCACAGCUCAACAGCCAAACAGCUUAGCCUUUGGUAUGUGCACUUAUCAGUGCACUCUCAGUGCUGGUCCCAAGCCCCGAUAAAAUAAAGUGCUCGUCCCAAGCCCUGAUAAAAUAGAGAAGGUUGAACAGGAAGGGCAUCUAGCAUAAAAACUGUACCAAAUCAGGAAUGCAGACCAGAAUGAUUCACUGUGCUGACUCUUAAAUAUAUGCAAACAGCUGGAAGAAAAGAUCUAACAUUGUAAAAAACAACAAAUAGUAAGCAUGUACUGUUCCCUUUUUCCCCCAAACUGAGUGUGUGUGAGGCGCCAUGCAAUGGAUUGGCGCCACCAGGCCUGAUCAGGAUGAUGCAGUUACUGAAAAGAAAUAAAUACAUUAUGUGGAUUAUAUAUUGUUUGUCACUGUAAGUAUAAAACACUAAUUAAAACCCAGUAAACGUUGCUAAAAAAUAUUCCAAAUAAGUUUAAUACUCUUUAGCUUCUGUCUUAGGUUAGUGCUCCUGUGUGGCACUGAACACACAAUGACCCUGACCAGGAUAGUAAAAGAUUCCUGGCUUAGCCAAGAGCCAACAGCUUAGCCUGAAGCCUUUGCCAAGGGUCAGAGAGAGACCGAAAUACAUUUCUGUGAUGCCCCAAACUCUCAGAUGAAAUACUAUGCCUAGAGACAUCACAAACCCAUAACCUGUAUUAAGAUUCUUAUUCAAAAAGCAUCAUUCAGAGUAAUUCGGUGAGACCUCGACCCGAGUACCUGAGUCUCUAUGUGAGACGGCUAAUGCUUCUGAGCUCUCUGUUAUGUCAGUCAGGAGUUGUAUAGUAUCCGCUGUCUGAAACCUGCUGUUAUCCGAAUCCCUUUAAUCACAGAAUACAUAAUCAGUUUGUUAUAGAGCAAAAAGCGUUCUUAAUAAGAGAAGACUGAAAUUUAGCUGUAUUGCACCAAACAUACCUUCUAAUGCUCCUUCAGUGAUGAGAGAGUAGAUUUCACAUGGCCAGUCUGAAACACUUGUAUCAUCGCAUGGAAUCGUGCUGCAGGGUGCAGUUUAUUAGCAAAAGCAUUCCAGAAAGACUUCAUAGAUCAUAGAACCGUGAUCAUAGAACCGUGUGUGUGUGUGUGUGGUUGUACACAUGUAAAGCACUGUAUCACAUUAGAACAGAGUGUGAGUGUUUAAUUAAUAACAUAUGUUACUGAUGUGUGAAAGUGAAUAGGUUAAAACAUCAGUGGAUGAGUUCUACACCCCAAUAAGCACUGAGCUGGUCAUUGCCUCCAAGUGUUACAUGCUUUUGUUACUGUGUGUAAAUAUGAAAUGUACAGAUAGAAACUAAGUUGUAUAGCUGUACAGGCAUUAGCUUACAUAUGAUCUAUUUUACAUCUAUUUUUUUCAGAUAUAUGGAUUCUCACUUUUUUAAUAGAAAAGUAGUUUUAAAAACAAGUUGUAUAUUUUUCACUCGUAAAUAGUGUUUUAUUUAUUAGCUUGCUUAAUUUAUUUAGUUCUCUGAGUUUAAUAUGUUUAAUAAAA